UAAAGUGGGCAUAAUCUAUCCCUAUAAAAAGUGUUUGUAUAUUUUGCCCACACAUUCCGCAACCUCAGUAUCUCCACUCAAAAACGAAUCAGACCAAGAUUAGUUGUAGCAAUCCCUCUCUGCGCCCCCGUACAUUGGAGGUUGUGUUAUUAUUAGGUUACAUACCUAUUCCCGGGUUUUAUCAAGCAUGUUAAAAAUGACAGCUGUGUAGACCCGGAGCUCCCUGCCUGCGUGUUCGCUGCGACGAUGACCAACGGUGACUGGGGGCACUGGGCAUCAAAACAGCUGUGCAGUUGCUAACCAAUGACAAUCGGAAGAAUCCUCUCGGAGUAUAGAUUCCCAAGCGGCCGUAUUCAAACACAACCUACACAUUAUCAAACCAUCGCAGUUGCAAUGCAAUGCCUGUCUGAACGCUUGGUUUCCCGUGAGCGUACAAAGCCGUGUGCCUGUAGGUCAAUUUAACGAGGCUUUUGGAGUAACUUGUGGAAUUUUAGACUUGCACGCAUAACGAUGCCUUAUCUGACUAAAUCGCUGUUUUUAUUAUUCUGUCUGGUGGUUACCGGGGAAUGCCGUAAUCACGGACACCGAGUACGGAGAUGGACGGGUACGGUGGAGACGGCAAAGCAUGGCACAGAGACAGCAAAUCAUGGCACCUCCUUGACAAAGAAGCCUCCAGAUGUGACCAAAAAUCGCAAGCUGAAGACAGAGCAGCUUCUGAAAGUAGAUGAUCAUGAUUUCACCAUGAGGCCAGCAUUUGGAGGCCCGGCUAUUCCUGUUGGAGUGGACGUACAAGUGGAAAGCUUGGACAGCAUCUCAGAAGUAGACAUGGACUUCACCAUGACUCUGUACCUGAGACACUAUUGGAAGGAUGAGCGUCUGACCUUCACCAGCUCCACCAAUAAGAGCAUGACAUUUGACGGGCGUCUGGUGAAGAAGAUCUGGGUGCCAGAUGUGUUCUUUGUCCACUCCAAGAGAUCCUUCAUCCAUGACACCACCACAGACAACAUCAUGCUCAGGGUCUUUCCCGACGGACACGUCCUCUACAGCCUGAGGGUGACAGUGACCGCAGCCUGUAACAUGGACUUCAGUCGCUUUCCUCUGGACACCCAGACCUGCUCACUGGAGCUGGAGAGCUAUGCCUAUACGGAUGAGGACCUGAUGCUGUACUGGAAGAGUGGGGAUGAGUCCUUGAGUACGGACGACCGUAUCUCCCUUUCUCAGUUCCUCAUCCAGAAGUUCCACACCACCUCUCACCUGGCGUUCUACAGCAGCACAGGCUGGUACAAUCGUCUGUACAUCAACUUUACCCUGCGGAGACACAUCUUCUUCUUCCUGCUUCAGACCUACUUCCCUGCCACCCUCAUGGUCAUGCUGUCCUGGGUGUCCUUCUGGAUCGACCGCAGGGCCGUCCCAGCCCGCGUCUCGCUGGGUAUCACCACAGUGCUCACCAUGUCCACCAUCAUUACUGGCGUGAACGCCUCCAUGCCCAGAGUGUCCUACAUCAAGGCUGUGGACAUCUACCUGUGGGUCAGCUUUGUGUUUGUCUUCCUAUCUGUGCUGGAGUACGCUGCCGUCAACUACCUGUCCACCGUGCAGGACCGCAGGGAACGUAAGAUGCGAGACGAGAUAAGAGAAAGGGCCAGGUCACAGUCGCUGCCCUGCACCUGUGGCAUGUCCCAGACCAGGACCAUGAUAUUAGACGGGAACUACAGCGAGGCGGACACCAACAGCCUGGCAGGCUACACCUCGGGAACUAUGGUGUCCGAGGAGGAUGUGGAGAUGCCACAUGAGGUGAUGAACGAGAAGCAGACUCCUGGGGAGCACAUGGUGGUCCACCUGUCUGUCAGUAGCGAGUCCACAACCACCAAGAAGAAAGGUAAGUGUGACUCACUCACGAAUGACGGGAGAUUGCGAAAGUCUAAGAGACGGAGACUAUGUGGAUAUUUGGCACUGAUGGACAAAGAGAAAAGCCCCAGAGAGAGAGACCGAGACAUUCUUCAUCAUCCCACUGUAGUUUGUGAAUUUCUGUCAAUCGAUUCCACAGGUUGAGUCAUAGUUCUGCAAGUACAUAUCAGCUGUUGUUUAAAAACUCUUUUGUCCAAAUAACUAUCAUUUCAAGUCUUUUGUACUCUGGGCUUGGCAUUUGACAACAGAGGUGUGUCUACAAUGUUGUUAGCUUUUCAUUCAGGUCUAUUUGGCAUUCAGGUCUAAGUACCAGUUCAGUCUGUUGAAUCAGCUCAGUGUUUAACAGAGUUGAGUUUAAUGGGUGCGUACAAAAUGGCACCCUAUACUCUUUAUAAUGGACUACUCUGGGCAAAAGUAGUGCACUAUAUAGGAAAUAGGGUGCCAUUUGGGAUGGACAUGAUGCUUUGGAUUAGAGAAUCUGCUACAUAUGUGAAAUGUUAUGAUGCAAUAUACUACAGUGUGUGUGUGUAUAUAUAUAAUGGUUUGUGGUUCAAGUGAGGUCUUAGUGCUGCUAAAACAGCUGUGAAGUCAUUAAAGCACAACAGUAACAAUAAUGUAGAGCAUUUCAAGCUGUGAACAACAGUUACUGGGACAUUUGUAGCUUACUGUGUAAAGGAACUGAGGAAUUGUGUAUAGAUAUGUAUUUUCCUUUCUCUGAUACCUCUCAUAUGGUCAUUAUUGUAUGGUUAUAUGCCAUUGUAAAAAAAGAAUUUAGGCCUACAAUGUAAAUAUAUAAAUCUAAAAACAAAUACCUUGUAUUGUGCCACUGUAGCACUUAAUAAAGAUUUGUGUAAUGAAUUACAUGUUUAAAAACAUCUAAGGUGUCCCAUGUCAUCGUACCUUAACAAGCUACAGCCACAAAAGGCAGCACAUGGCUUUGCUUGAGAUAUUGACCUUAAAUGUACAGUAUAGAAGAUUUUUGCCUAAAACUAAAUAUACUUUUAUUUUGAGCACUAGAGGCUUUAAUAGUCCGGUGAGAAGCUGCAACCCUAAAAUUAGAUGAACGAUUCUAUUCUCAUUCUAAUUACGUGGCUGGAACAGCUUUUAGUAAACACUUUUUUUGUUGUCAAUGUGUGAGCAGAAAUUGGCUUUAAGUAAAUGCAGCUGUAGGCUUUCUUCACUAGACAAGUUCGCAUUAGUUUUGUGAAACCAUAAUACUACUUUAGCCAUUCCAUUUUGAAUAGGGAGUCACUACAGGAAACUAUUUUCCUGUAUCACCAUGUAGAUAUUUUUCAUUAUGAAAAUAAAAUGUAUUGUAUAAUUUGGUGGUAUUA